AGAGCUCUGGUUGUCAAAUGCCAAGGGCUCUGGGACCCGGCAUAAAAGGCUGCGCUGCUCCCGGCUCUGCAUCCUCGUCUCUGGCCUCCCUUUCCUCCAGGAACCAGCUUUGCCUCCUGCACCGAGAGAUGUCCUGCUGCAGACCCUGUCCCCCACGGCCCUGCGGCCCCUGUGGCCCAACCCCCCUUGCAAGCAGCUGCAGUGAGCCCUGCCUCGCCCGCUGCGCUGACUCCACGGUGUACAUCGAGGCUUCGCCGGUGGUGGUGACCUUGCCGGGCCCCAUCCUCACCUCUUUCCCUCAGAGCACAGCCGUGGGAUCCUCUCUAUCUGCUGAGGCCGGCGCAUCGUCCCCGCUGGCCCUGGCAACAUUGCUGGAGAGUCGUGGUCGUUUGUUCUCCUCCUCCCUCACCUACCACCAGCUCAGCCAGGGGUUGCCCAACGACGACGAGUCCCGGGCUGAUACCCUCACUCCUUGA